AUGGACAACCCUGAUUCCGUACCCAGCACUCCAUCGAGGAUAAGUCUUGAGGACGACGACCAUUCAGGCGACCGCCCGCUGUUGGCCAAUGCAGAGGCGGCCGAUGAGAAUGUCCAAGUACGAGACUUCUCCCAUGAUGGAAGCGCGAGACAGUUACCCUCGCGCCGUGAGUGGCGUGGCAGCAGAGCGGAAGAGGGGAAUAGCACGCUUGACCGAGCUGCCUUGAAUCAUUCCCAUUUUGAGCACAGCUUGACCGUACGAGAAGCCAUCAAAGCGUACCCAAUGGCCGUAUUCUGGUCCCUAGCCGUCAGCACGUGUGUGAUUAUGGAGGGCUUUGACAGCAUCCUGGUCCCCAAUUUCUAUGCUUAUCCAACCUUUCAACGAAAAUAUGGCGAAUUCGUUGGAGUUACGGAACAGACGAAGUCCGGGUAUCAGCUCAGUGCGACUUGGAUGGCCGCAAUUGGAACGGCGUCGGGCGUCGGCGCCGUCCUGGGCACAGUAUUGAAUGGCUAUCUGGUUGACCGACUUGGCCAGAAGCGAGUUCUCCUUGGCGCCCUGUGCGUCCUCGCUUGCCUCAUCUUCAUGACUUUCUUUGCCCCCAACAUAGAGGUCCUGAUGAUCGGGCAAUUCUUAUGUGGUUUCCCUUGGGGAAUCUUUGCCACGGUCGCGCCAUCUUACUCCAGCGAAGUGCUCCCCAUGGCACUCCGGGCUUACCUGUCGAGUUUCACAAAUAUGAGUUUCAUAAUCGGACAGAUUAUCUGUGCGAUCGUGCUGAGGAUCUUUCUGGAAAGGGACGACGAAUGGGGAUUUCGAAUACCGUUCGGAUUUCAAUGGAUAUGGCCGGCUUUCCUCAUUCCUCUGUUGUCGUUUGCGCCAGAAUCACCCUGGUAUCUCGUCCGGAAGGGCCGUCUCGAGGAGGCUGAGAAAUCACUCCGACGCCUCCAGUCGCGCACAGCAAAGAUUGAUCCCAAAGACACGCUCGCGGACAUCAUCCACACCAAUAACCUAGAACAGUCGUUGCAGAUUGGCACGUCUUACACCGACUGCUUCCGGGGAUUCGAACUCCGACGAACCGAGAUCGCCUGCAUGUGUUUUGCAGGUCAAAACUUCUCUGGGCUCUCCUUCGGGUAUAAUGCGACAUAUUUCUACGAGCAGGUCGGGCUCAGUGCAGAAACAACGUAUACCUUGAGUCUCUUUGGGACGGGGUUGGCGCUGCUCUCGACUUUGGCGAACUGGUUCCUCGUCAUGCCCUACUUCGGUCGUCGAAGAAUUUACACCACUUCGAUGCUGGUCAUGGCUCUCAUCCUCUAUGUCAUUGGUGUCUUAAACGUCUGGACCUCCCACGUGUUCGUCGCCUUCACACAGGCGCUGCUAACCCUCGUGUGGACCAUAGUGUUUCAACUUUCAGUGGGCCAAUUAGGGUGGUCCAUCCCUGGAGAAGUCUCUUCUACUCGACUUCGGACCAAGACUAUAUGUCUCGCGCGCAAUGCUUAUUAUCUCGUUGGUUUUAUAGGAGGGGUGGUCCAGCCGUACAUGAUGAACCCGCAAGCAUUGAAUUGGAGCGGUUACACGGGCUUAUUUUGGGGCACCACAGCCAUGCUCACGUGGGUGUGGGCCUGGUACAGGCUGCCCGAGACGAAAGACAGGACUUAUGAAGAGCUGGACAUUUUGUUCUCAAAGAGGAUCGACGCGCGAGAUUUUGAAUCGACCAACGUCUACGCCUCGGACGAGAACGAAAUGCAGCGCUUGACGAGGAAAGCAUGCAAUGAUACGGCGGCCGACGGGGAUACAGAGUGGGAUAUUGUAGAUCAGCGCGAGCGAUCGACCAAUACCGACGAGGUUGAGGGAAGCGGCCGGGGCGCUAGUGCUUUUCGAGGGGUGGGCGACGAUGAAGAGCGGCUGCUAGGGGGAAUCGAGCCCGGGGAAGACGUUGACGGGAAGGGUUAG